CCAGGUUUUUCUAGCCUGUGUCUGCAUGUCCCUCUCUCUCUGUUUCUCUGUGUCUUUCUCUCUUUCUCUCUCUCUCUCUCGCUGGCUCAUUUGCCUUCCUCUGCUCUGCAUUGCUGUGGAGCCCACUACAUCCAGAGCUGGGGAGUGGAGAAGAAAAAAAACAGGAGAUUAGACCAGAUUGCUGUUUUCUGGUACCUGGAUUCUGGCUAUGCACUGCUGCUGCUGACACUCCUGACAGUCAGUCAGUCCUGGGGCUAUCUCCAGGGAAAGUCAGGUUGCUGCUGGGUUUCUGAGUCUCAGUAAGAAUUUGGGGUGACCGUAUGGAACGUUCCGUAAGAGGAUACCUCUUUGUGCUGCAGAAUGGAGGGACCCCCUGAAAGCAGCCCUGCUGAGACUUCGAACCUCAAAACCCAGUGACACCUCAACUUCUGCCCUGCAAUGGGCUCAUGGCUGGGGGACUGCAAUCUGGACACCAGGAUGGGGGCAGCUUGUUUCCUGCUGGUCAGUGGCUUUCUCAGUUUGCAUCUACCACCCUCUGGAUGCCAGCAGAGUCCGGGGUCGGUGAAUCCUUUCCCAAUGCCAAUGCCAGGGGCGGCAGGUAUGGGAGGCCAAGGAGGGGAGUUGUUGCCACACUUUCUUCUGGAGCCAGAGGAUGUCUUUAUUGUGAAAAACAAGCCAGUGACCUUGAGCUGCAAAGCUACCCCAGCCACACAGAUCUACUUCAAGUGCAACGGAGAGUGGGUACACCAGAGUGACCAUGUGAUCCAACACAGCGCUGACCGCAGCACCGGUCUACCCGUCAUGGAAGUGAGAAUAGACAUCUCGCGGCAACAAGUGGAGAAGAUCUUUGGUCUGGAAGAAUAUUGGUGCCAUUGCGUGGCCUGGAGUUCCUCUGGUACCUCGAAAAGUCAGAAGGCAUUCAUUCGCAUUGCGUACCUCAGGAAGAAUUUUGAGCAAGAGCCAACGUCGAGAGAAGUGUCAUUGGACCAGGAGGUGACGCUGUUGUGUCAACCCCCUGAGGGCAUUCCUCCUGCAGAGGUGGAAUGGCUGAAAAAUGAAGAAGUACUGGACCCUGAAGUGGAUUCUAACCUUUACAUUGGUUCCGACCACAGCCUCGUUCUGAGACAGGCUCGGCUGGCUGAUACUGGGAAUUACACUUGUGUGGCCAAGAAUAUAGUGGCUCGGCGGAGAAGCAGUUCUGCAGCCAUCACUGUAUACGUAAAUGGAGGGUGGUCCUCUUGGACGGACUGGUCUCCUUGCAGUACGACGUGUGGAAGAGGGUGGCAAAAAAGGAGCCGAAGCUGCACCAAUCCCACACCUCUUAAUGGUGGAUCCUUCUGCGAGGGGCAAAACAUUCAAAAAACAGCUUGUACAACUCUAUGCCCAGUGACCGGAGGAUGGGCAGAGUGGAGCUACUGGUCCGCCUGUGCCUCGGAUUGCACCCACUGGAGAAGUAGAGAGUGUACCCAGCCUCCUCCAAGGAAUGGGGGUCAGCAGUGCCAGGGAGCUGACAAUGAGACCCGCAACUGUACAAGUGAGCUCUGUAUGCACACUGUAACCAUCCCUUUGAACAUUGUAAAGUCAAAUGUAGCUGUGGGUGCUCCUGAAGACGUGGCAAUGUACGUGGGAGUGGUGGCAGUGGCAGUGUUUCUAGUGCUGCUGUUGGCAGUGAUAUUGGUGUGUUGGCGCCGGAAGGAAGGUCUCGAUGCAGAUGUCGCUGAUUCCUCCAUUCUUACCGCUGCAUUCCAGCCUGUUAGUCUCAAGCCUGGCAAAGCAGGCCAGGCUCAUUUGUUGACCAUUCAGCCCGAUCUCAGCACAGCUACCAUGACAUAUCAGGGAUCCUUGUGCCUUCGACAGGAUGGUGGCAAUAAGUUCCAACUAACCAAUGGGCACCUUCUCCCCCCUAUGGGUCCUGGAAUACCAAGGGAGCACAGCCACACCUUACCACGACUCUCCACCCAGAGCUACUUCCGCACUUUGCCACGUGGAGCCAGUAACAUGGCAUAUGGCACCUUUAAUUUUCUAGGCGGACGUCUGAGAAUCCCAAACACAGGUCUCAGCCUACUCAUACCUCCAGAUGCAAUUCCGCGAGGAAAAAUCUAUGAAAUCUACCUAACGCUACACAAACAGGAGGAUGUGGGGUUACCUCUAGCUGGCUGCCAGACGCUUUUGGGACCCGUCGUCAGCUGUGGACCACCAGGAGUCCUGCUUACGCAGCCUGUCAUCUUGUCAAUGGAUCACUGUGUGGAAGCCAACCCUGAGAAUUGGACUGUGCGUCUUAAGAAACAGUCUUGUGAAGGAACCUGGGAGGACGUCUUGCAGCUGGAUGGAGCAAGCCCAUCACACUUCUUUUACUGUCACAUGGAGUCCCGCUGCUGUUACCUAUUUACAGAGCAACUUGGGCGCUUUGCGCUCAUAGGAGAGUCCCUCAAUAUGGCGGCCACAAAGCGACUCAAGAUUCUUCUUUUUGCUCCGAGCUCCUGUACGUCAUUAGAGUACAGUCUGCGCGUGUACUGCAUCACCGACACACAAGAUGCCAUAAAGGAAGUGAUACAGCUUGAAAAACAACAGGGAGGACAACUGAUGGAUGAGCCACGUCUCCUGCAUUUCAAAGACAGUUACCACAACCUGCGCCUCUCUGUGCACGACAUGCACAGCACGAUGUGGAAGAGCAAACUCCUGGCCAGCUAUCAGGAGAUUCCAUUCUACCACAUUUGGAAUGGCGUGCAUCAGAACCUUCACUGCACCUUCACUCUAGAGCGCUUCAGUCUCAGCACUUGUGAACUCUCCUGCAGGGUGUGGGUCUGGCAGGUGGAAGGGGAUGGUCAGAGCUUCAAUAUAAACAUUAAUCUAAGCAAGGAGAUUCGUCCAUUAGCAACAGUAUUGGAAGAAGGAGAGAAGGAAGGAGCUGCCCUGGUGGGACCUAGCGCAUUCAAGAUCCCAUUCCUAAUGAGACAGAAGAUCAUUACUAGUCUCGAUGAGCCAUCAUCCCAUGGAGCUGACUGGAGGAUAUUAGCCCAGAAGUUAAACGUGGACAGCCAUCUGGGUUUCUUUAUCUCAAAGUCAAGUCCAACAGCAGUCCUCCUAAAUCUUUGGGAAGCGCAGAAUUUCCCAAAUGGGAACUUGGCUCGUCUGGCAGCCCUCGUGGCAGAGAUUGGCAAGCAAGACUCAUUGAUGUACAUGAUGUCAGAGGCAGAAUGCUGAAUCUGCUAAUUUUCCAGCUCAUCCCAUGUCAAGGCUUUACUUGAUGAGGUGGCCACAAACCCCAUUCCUAAGGAGAAGCAUAGGGCGAUGGAAGUCACUCAUCAUGCCCUCUCUCUGACAAGCGUGGUGAAAAAGGCUCUUGCCACUCACAAGCAAGUAGCUUGCUUGUUUUGGUUUUAAACCCAAUACCAAGGCAAGGUUUUAAAACAUUUCCGCUCCUUUAUGUAGAGCAAGCUCAUCAGAACAUUAAGCAAGAAGCCAGAUUUAUAUGCAGCCAAAUAUAGUGGACCACUGCUGCUCUUCUUUACCAAUCUUGGGGUUUAAAAAGUGUCCUCUUCAUCAUGAACAUGGGAUGUGGGAAGGGUGGGAAUUGUGUUUAUAUUUUGUUACAAUUUUGCAGGCUAAAAAAAAAGGCAUUAUGUAAAAAAAAAAAAACAACAACAACGUUAUGCUAUAUUUUUUGUGGGCCUUGCCAAAGAACAAUAUGGCCUCCCACUACACAAUAUUGGGCACACCUCCGAACACAGUGCACAUCGCGUCGAGCACCGAAAAAAGCCGCUGCUGAGGAAAAUGAAACCAGAACAUCCCAAACUUUGCUUAUCUCCCCAAAUCAAGUGUCUUGUACCGCUACCUUGUCCAGUGAAGGUGCUACGGUGACACCCAGUGUUUAUGUUGUUUAGUUGUAACCAACACCUAUAACCCAGGUAAGUGGUGAAAGGUGCAAUAUAAAAAGUGUAAUGAAGUUCCACACAAACCACCAUAGUCAUACCCCAAAUCAAUAGCCAUAUUGAGAUACAAUAGCAAAGGAAAAGGUCAUUUUUAUAUUUCAUAUAAGGACGGAAAAGAUUAAAAUAAACAAAAGUUAAUUUGCCCUUUCACCCCUAAAGCCAGCUGUAUAUGCAAAACAAGAACACUUCCUGCUCCAGGAGUGUGUGAAUGAGAGAGUGUGAUUGUAAAAGUGCGUGCGAUUGAGAAAGUGUUUUCUUAAUUUGAGACCAAGAAAGGAUCAUUUGAACAAUAAAGUGUGUAAUGACCGGUGUUUUUUUUCUACAUUCUGUAUUAAAGUGCAUUCAAGUAUUUACACUUGGCCUUAUGUAUAUAUUCUGUUCAUUCCGCUGAAGGUGUAUAGUACUUUUAGGUGACUUGAAUGUAAAUAAAUUAUAUAUAUUG